GACCUCGUGGUGGACUCGGGCUCUCCGACUCGGCCAUAUUGGAUAGUGAAUGACUCCGUUACACAGGGGCUCAAGAGUAGCCGUGAAACCUUCGCAAGAUCCUCGACGCCGUGAGGAUACCGAGCCAAGAUGGAAAACGAGUACACAGUUACGGUCACGAACAAGUUCCUGCUGGCGCUCGACGAGAGCGAGGACCCACUGGAGGUGCUAAAGGUGCGCGAGCAGGAGAAGGAAGCCAAGAAGAAGGAGAGGAUCUCGGAGAAGGAGAACAAGACCAAGCAGCAGCAGCAGCAGCAUCAACAGCAGGAGAAGCAGGAGAAGCAGGAGAAGCAGCAGCAGCAGCAGCAGCCGCAGGACGGCCAGAAGGCCGCCAACAACAAGACGCAGAAGAGCCGCGUGAUCAAGGACGCCCAGCAGCCGCCGUCGAAGGCGCAGGAAGCUAAAAAGGAUCAAGCCGAUAAGAAACCUGCUCAACCAAGAACGAGCGGAGGAGACCGCAACGUAAAAUUCUCCGGAGAGUCCAGGGAGGAGCGCAAUAACAGGCGCAACCGAGAAGACGGAGAAAGGACGCUGCGAGGGCAAGGAGAGUUCAGGCGAGGACCUCCUAGCGAAGGCCGCGAGGGCCGCGAGGGCCGCGAGAGCCGCGAUACGCGCGAGUUCCGAAACUCGAGCGAUACUCAACGCGGCGAGUAUGGCGAGCGCCGUGGCCGCGGUGGUAUGCGCGGCAUGGGCCGCGGACGUGGUGGCCCCCGUGGACGCGGCGGCUUCGACAAUCGCGGCAAACGCGAGUUCGAUCGCCAAUCCGGUUCUGAUAAAACUGGAAUUAAACCAGUGGAUAAAAAAGAUGGUGCUGGCAGCCAUAACUGGGGUACUCAUAAUGACGAAAUAGAAGAGAGCCUGAAUCAGGAUAGUCAGGAUUGGGCCAACGAUAAGCCGGACUCCGAUCCUCAAGCGCCGACCGAAGUUAAGAAUGGAGAGACUACUACGGAUGCGACUGUUGAGGAGAAACCGGCUGAGGAAGAGACGCGCGAGCUUACUCUGGACGAAUGGAAGGCCCUGCGGAAUAAUAGAGCGAAGCCUCAAUACAACUUGCGAAAGGCCGGCGAAGGAGAGGAUCUGUCGCGUUGGAAGAAGAUGUACGCUCUUGAGAAGAAGAAGGAAGGCAACGAGGAGGAGGAGGAAGAGGAAGAAGAUUACGACGCGGCCGCGGAGUAUCCUCAGCGCGUCGGCAGGCAAAAACGUGUGUUAGGCAUCGAGAUCCAGUUCAGUGACUCACGACGCGGUUCCGGCGGUCGCGGGCGAGGCGGACGCGGUCGUGGCGAUCGCAUGAACGGACGUGGAUUUGGGAAUCGUGGUGGUGCUCCCAGGGACGGUGAGACACGCUCACAGAACGAGCAGAGGUCGCCGCGAAGUCGUCAAAACGCUCCGAAGGUAGACGACGAGAAUGACUUUCCUUCCUUGGGAUAGGUAGCUUCUCAUCUGUUGACUAUAUAACAUCCCACCAUUACCGUCACCAUCAGUACAUUUACAGAUAAAGCUACACUAACUAAAAAAAAAAAAAAUAUUACUAUCGAGAAUCUUGCGUUAGUGAUAACAUUAUUAAUGCAUAAUACAGUACACCGUUACAGAAAAUGAGAUACGUAAUAUUAUCUAAAAAUUCCUCUCGUGACUUGAACGUCACACAUUACGCAUUGGCAUAAUCGUACACAUGAAAAGCUGCAUGAUGUAUGAAGACGAAAAAUAGAUAACGAUCCUUUUUUUUGUACUUGUGAGAAGCCAUUUGUCUGCAACUAGUCCGAGACACUGGCCAGCGGACAAACGAUCUGUGGAGAGUGAAGCAUAUAGUCUCUUGUUAAUAAUUUCGAAUCCAUAAAGAUGACAGGAAGAAAAUAUAAAGAAGAGAUUGUGAGAAAGAAAGAAAGAAAGUGAGAGAAAGAAAGAGAGUUUAAGCGGACCAGCAAGCGUAGAACGUUAUGGAGUAUAUACUUCAAGUUACAGUUUCAAUCUGCUUAAAUCCGAAUCGAAGACAAUUACCGAAAGAAGGGGAAAUUUUUGCUGUACACAAAAGUAGCGGAACGUGGGCUGCGGUAUCGAUUCUUGAUCUCGAUGUCGCGUUAAAGGCCUAAAGGAGGCUGGAUGUAGCAUCGAUACACGCGCGAACAUGUAAAAUAUCUCUUUUUAGGCGUAAAUUUUAAACGCACUUUCUGUUUUAUAAGUUUUAUACGAUUUGGAAAAGAAGAAUCCUUCCUUGUAAAACACACACACUUACACACGUACACACACAGGCGGGUCUGAUCACUUGCCAUGCGUAAGAUGUAAGAAAACUUUUAACAGGGAGGGUAGAUUUCUAUUUAAGAAAAUGCAUCCUAAAUAAAUCAUCUUACUUAGAACGUGCUAAGUUUGACAUAUAUACAUAUAUAUAUGUAUGUAUGUAUGUAUGUAUGUAUAUGUAUAUGUAUACAUAGAGAGAAAGAGACUUCCCUUUUGAAGAUGUAGUCGAUCUUGUGCGAAGUUAACAUUUAAUAUCUUGAACACACAUUGACACAGUUUUAGGUAAUAUAUAUUAUAUAUAAACACAUGGAUAUGUAUACAUAUAUGUAUUCUAUUAUAAAUCGAAAAAGAAGUGAGAAACGUGAUACGCCGAGGGGGGGAAAGACAGAACGAAUGAGUCUACUCAUAUUAGUAUGUUACACUUAUGCGUUCUCAUAUUCUUAAUUACGAACUAAUAUUAGUUAUUUACUAUAUUUGUUAUACAAUUAAAGAAAUUAUCGCAGCCAAAACAUUCACCUCAUGUCCAUCAUAGAAGAAGACGGAAAGAAAAAAAGAUGACGGAAACAAAAAAAAUAACGUUACGAAGCUGUUUGCAGCUUUAGAUAUAUGUGUAAAUAACAUUUACAAUAAUAAAUUGUGACGAUGAUCGGACACUAUGAACUUCGAUUAACUUCAUCAGUCAGCUAAGAUUAUUCUAAAGCAGGUUCUUUCUCUUGUUUGUGCACAUCUGUACAGAGAAAAAAAAAGCGUAAGUACAAAAAGUAUACUAUUUUAAAUGUCGCGGAAGGGAAAAAAGGAUCCGAAUCUGAGGAAAAAAAAUUAAUUCAUUGAGACGUGUUAUGCUAAUAAAGUUGUAAAUG